AGGCUCCGACUGCGUGUCCCGCCUCGGGCUCGCGCUCCGGUUCGGCGCCGGCCCGGACCCGCUCGGCUCGGGCCACGCGGCGCCCAGGCCUGCGGAGGAGCACAGACUCAGACCCCGUGGACUGUCUCUUCAUUCCUGCCUCGUGGAUCCCAGAGCUUACCGGACCCAGCGUGGAACAGCAGAGGUCGUGGACACCUGGUGGUCACUGGGCUUUCACGGUUCCAGGUGGGAGAGGCCCGGCCAGCCCAGAGGUCAGUGGUCACUGGGCCAUACCCGCUUCCUCCUGCAGGACACAGGCUUGCAUGAAGCCCUGGGGGCGAGACAGCUGGGCAGCAUGGAGGCAGACACACACCCAGCUGGCCCCGCGGGGGUGAAGACCUCUCCCACGGAGCCCUGAGCCGCUUGCAGCCCAGCAGUCCUCCAGGUAUUCGCUGAAUGGCCGACAUCCGACAACAUGCACCAGCAGUGGCUCCUCCUGGCCAUCUGCUUCUGGGUGCUCUUCAUGUUCAUGGUGGCCAGCAAGUUCAUCACGCUGACCUUUAAAGACCCCGAUGCCUACAGCACCAGGCAGGAGUUUCUCUUCCUGACCGCCGUGCCGGACUCCGGGGGGCUCCCAGGACAGAAGCCCUUCCUUAAGGACCUGAAGCCAACCGAGAAGCUGCCCUCGGCCAGCGUGCUCGUGCACCCGCUCGUCUACAUGGAGCGGCUGGAGCUCCUCAGGAACGUGUGUCGGGAAGAGGCCCUGAGGAACCUGUCGCACACGGUCGUCUCCAAGUUCGUCCUGGACCGGAUAUUCGUGUGUGACAAGCACAAGAUCCUCUUCUGCCAGACACCCAAAGUUGGCAACACUCAGUGGAAGAAGGUGCUGAUGGUGCUCAAUGGAGCAUUUCCUUCCAUCGAGGACAUCCCUGAGAACCUGGUCCACGAUCACGAGCGGAACGGGCUCCCUCGCCUCUCGUCCUUCAGCAGAGCGGAGGUGCAGAAGCGCUUGAAAACAUACUUCAAGUUCUUCAUCGUCAGGGAUCCCUUCGAGAGGCUGAUCUCGGCCUUCAAGGACAAGUUCGUCCACAACCCCCGCUUCGAGCCUUGGUACCGGCACCUCAUCGCCCCCGGCAUCAUCAGGAAGUACCGCCGGAACCGGACCGAGACCAGAGGCAUCCAGUUCGAGGACUUCGUGCGCUACCUGGGCGACCCCAGCCACCGGCGGCUGGACCUGCAGUUCGGGGAGCACAUCAUCCACUGGGUGACGUACGUGGAGCUGUGCGCCCCCUGCGAGAUCACCUACAGCGUGGUGGGCCACCACGAGACCCUGGAGGACGACGCGCCCUACAUCCUCAGGGAGGCGGGCAUCGACCACCUGGUGUCCUACCCCGCCAUCCCCCCCGGCAUCACUGCGUACAACAGAACCAAGGUCGAGCACUACUUCCUGGGCGUCAGCAAGCGCGAUAUCCGGCGCCUGUACGCGCGCUUCGAGGGGGACUUUAGGCUCUUUGGGUACCAGAAGCCAGACUUCCUACUGGACUGACUGGGCCUGGCCCAGAGGGGGGUUCUGAACGAGCCUAGGUGUCUCCUGAGGGCUGCCGGUCGCCCUGUCCUGUGCUGCCUCCGCCUGCCCCUGUUCCUGGGCUUGGCCUCAGGCCCACGGGGAGGAAGAUGCAGCCCCUCAGCUCCCACAGCCCGACAGACGAGGCGUUGUCUGUGAGCUUGCCCUACUGGGCACCUGUGGGUGGCAGGAGCAGUGCCCAGUGCCCGCAGCAGAGACGGGCGGCUGGUGGUCUGCAGGGCCACGAGGCCGGCGGAAGACCCUGCCCCAGGGCGGUGCCAGCACAGGGGAACAUGCUUCCCUGGUGACAGGCCCCGAGCUGCUCAUCUGGGCUCUCAGGCCCGCCCGGGAAGGGCUCUUCCUGGGGCCUGGGAGAGAACAUGGCGUGGGGUUGUGGACGCCCUCCGACGGCCGUCCACCUCCUGUCCCCGUCCCCUCUGCCUGGCCGUGUGCCUCUCAUCUCAGCAAAUGUGGUCCCGCCAUCACCCACUGGAUCACGCCAUCAGCCGGCCCACAUGGCUGCGGGUGCGAUCACACUCACAGCAGCGAGAUCCAGGCUGGCAGCCACCACUCGCCCACCCGCCAGCACGUGGGCACCGGGGACAGGCCAGGCCCGGGGGCUCCUCCUCACAGCCCAGUGAUGUGAGGGUGCCAGGGAAACAAGUUUACAGAAUGUGCCAAGCCUGAGGGGCCGCAGUCCCGGGCCAGUUCUGGGGGAUGCUGGCCGAGGGGGAGUGGGCAGAGGGAGGCAAGGAGGUGUCAGCGUGGCCCUGCUCCCCCCCUCCCCCCCAGCACGGUGGGACAUCUGAGUUGUUUUUCCAUAAAGUUUUGGCAAAGUCUUGUCAGCCAUUUCCUGGUGA